AUGGGAUGCAAACCAAGCCGAAAAUUUGACUGCUAUUUUUGCAAAAAACGUUGCAAAACUUAUCCUCUUGGGUGCUCUUCACAUGGCGGCUGUGAGUCCUGCCUUUUUACUUACUUUAUCAGGUGCAUCAGUGUAGAAUCGCUUGAAAUUUCCCAAAUUCCCUGCUUAUAUUGCAGAACAUUAAUACCUAAAAAGCUAGUCAAGUAUAUCCUCUCCAAAAAAACUAUACAAGCUCCCGAGCCUUGCUGAACACUCACAAUUGAGAGCAUACUCAAAUCUAAGCAGCCGCUUGUAAACUUUCAAUGUCCAAUCUGUUUUACUCUCCAAAUACCAGCAAAUGGAUACACUUUGAAAUGUGGCGAUGUGUUUUGUAGACAAUGUCUUAACAUGUACAUAACUGAAAAAAUUAGAGGAAAUGAUCAGUCGUCUAUUAAUUGUCCAGAUUGCAAAAAGCCACUUACUCUGUAUUAAUUAAUAAUUAGUAUUUUUUAUAUAUAUUCAAUACUAUUAUUAAAACAAAUUUUUUUUUUGCCCUUUAAAUAUGAAAAGCAUUCCGCAUGUGAAAUACUCUUUGAUGAAAAGGGCAAUAAAUGAUAUUUUAAAAUUAUAAUUCAUUAGUGGGAUUAAAUAUAUAUUAAUUUAAAGUAAAACAAUAAUUAAAUAAUUUUUUAAAAAAAUUAAUCAUAUAUUUGUUUAUUAUUAAAUAGAGGAGCUAAUGAGCAAGAUAUUACUUUAAAUAUUGAGCCCCAAGUAAGCGAGCUAUAUGAACAAAAUCGAAUAAAAAUGCUCUCUUUUGAAUACGAAGGAGAAAAACUAAUAAUUUGCCCAUUCUGCCAAGAAGGCUUCACAAUAAACAAAGAAGAACUCGAAAGCCGCUGUCCUUUCUGUAUGAAAUUAUUUUGUUUCAGAUGCUACACCUAUCAUCCCAAGUCUAAAUGCAACCUAAUUGUCGCAAUCCAAGGCGUCACAAACUGUCCAAAAUGUGGAGAAGGCGUCAUGAAGGUCGGAGGCUGCAACUUUGUGACCUGCAGAUGAAAAGUCUGCCGAGGAAAUGUCCAUUUUUGUUACCUAUGUGGCCAGCAGCUUAGCAUAACAGAACACGGGUCUCACUACGGUCGACACGGUGCAUUUGGCAAAUCAUGUAAAGGCCUAGAGGCCAGAAACGCUAUUGCGAAUUUAAAAUAA